CGAUCUCAACACUACUGAGGACGACGAAACGCCGUCGUCGGGUUCCUCUGCUUCAUUGUCCUCUCACUCCGGUAAUAGCAUUUCGGCCUCCACCUACCCUUCUCCUUCGUCCGUGUGCUUGGAGCUAUGGCACGCGUGCGCGGGUCCAAUGAUUUCGCUACCAAAAAAAGGAAGCAUCGUGGUUUACUUCCCACAGGGCCACCUUGAGCAGCAGGCUCAGGAUCUUCCGGUCUCCGCUUACAAUAUCCCACCCCAUGUUUUCUGUCGCGUUGCAGAUGUUAAGCUCCAUGCGGAGGAAGGUAUAGACGAGGUGUACUGUCAGGUGUCGCUGGUUCCUGAAAGUGAGCAAGCUGAAAGAAGAUUUCGGGAAGGUGAAAUCGAUGCUGACUGUGAAGAUGAGGAUGCUGCAGCUGCAGUGAAGUCUACAACGCCACAUAUGUUCUGCAAGACCCUGACAGCUUCUGAUACUAGCACUCAUGGGGGAUUCUCUGUGCCUAGGCGUGCAGCUGAAGAUUGCUUUCCUCCGCUGGAUUACAAUCAACAGCGUCCUUCGCAAGAACUUGUGGCAAAGGAUCUGCAUGGCCUGGAGUGGAAGUUCAGGCAUAUUUACAGGGGGCAGCCUCGCAGGCAUUUGCUUACAACUGGUUGGAGUGCAUUUGUAAACAAGAAGAAGCUUGUGUCUGGAGAUGCUGUACUGUUUCUGAGGGGUGAAGAUGGAGUUCUGAGAUUAGGGAUUCGCAGGGCAUCUCAGUUGAAAUGUGGUGCUAACUUUUCAGUUCCCGCUGGCCUGCAUCUUAAUCCCAGCAGUUUCAUGGAUGUGGUCAAUGCAAUAUCUGCAAGAUGUGCCUUUAGCGUUUGCUAUAAUCCAAGGGUGAGCUCGUCAGAGUUCAUAAUUCCACUCAACAAAUUUUUGAAGGGCCUUGAUCAAUUUUAUUCAGCUGGAAUGAGGUUCAGGAUGCGUUUUGAAACUGAAGAUGCUGCAGAACGAAGGUGCACAGGACUAGUUGUUGGAAUUGGCGAUGCAGAUCCUGUUAGAUGGCCCGGAUCUAAAUGGAGAUGCCUUAUGGUAAGGUGGGAAGAUAUGGAAGCCACUAGGCAUAACAGGGUUUCCCCGUGGGAAAUUGAGCCAUCCGGUUCUGCUUCCUCUCCCAACAACUUCAAUGCAGCUGGUUUAAAGAGGACCAGGAUUGGUUUGCCUUCUUCAAAACAAGAAUUUCCAGUUCCAAAUGGGAUUGGGACACCAGACUUUGGGGAAUCAUUGAGGUUCCAGAAGGUCUUGCAAGCAAGAAAUUUUGGGUGUUAAUAUUCCUUUUGAUGGUAUUAGUGCUCAGAGCCACCCCUUUUCUGAAAUAAGUAGGCGCCAUCCUGGUUCAAGCGUUUCUGGGAUUGCCGCUACAGGAAAUAAUUUCAGAAUUCCACAGGUGCAUUCUGAUGUUUCGUGC